AUGGCUGCGACGUACUUUGAGGUGCCCUUUGACUCCAACAUGAACCGAACAAAGAACCGUCCCCUCGUCAGAGGACAGAUCAGCCCACUGCAUGCUGUGUCAUUUGCCGUGGCCUGUGGCAUUCCUGGAGUUGCUCUGCUGACGCUGGCGGUAAACCCGCUCACAGGCUUCCUGGGCGCCCUCAACAUCUUUCUCUACACCUGCUGCUACACUCCGCUCAAGAGGCUCAGCAUCGUCAACACCUGGGUGGGCGCGGUGGUGGGAGCCAUACCUCCUGUGAUGGGCUGGAGCGCUGCUACAGGGACUCUGGGGCCAGGUGCUUUGCUGCUGGGUAGUUUCCUCUACUGCUGGCAGUUCCCGCACUUCAACGCGCUCAGCUGGAACUUAAGGGAAGACUACUCCCGCGGCGGCUACCGCAUGAUGUCCGUCACCCACCCGGCCAUGUGCAAACGGGUGGCGCUGCGCCACAGCCUGGGCCUGAUCGGGCUGUCCACCCUGGCGCCCGUGCUGGACGUCACCACCUGGACCUUCCCCGUCAUCUCCCUGCCCAUCAACCUGUACAUCAGCUACCUAGCCGCCCGCUUCUACCGCAAAGGGGACCGCGACAGCGCCCGCAAGCUGUUCUUCUGCAGCCUGUGGCACCUGCCCAUGCUGCUGCUGCUGGCGCUCACCUGCAAGAAAUACAGCCAGGGUCCGGAGGAGACGGCGCCUUUAACCCUCACACCGCCAGUGAAAUAACUGGGAUCCUCCUUUGAGCCUGAGUGCUCCUUCAGUUUCCUGACUCUGCUUUACAGAAAACACACCAGAUUUCAAUCUUUUAAAUGUGUGUGCUGUAAAUAUAUUUAUUUUUAAAGGGUCCCUCACCAGUUAUCUGUCUUUUAUCUGACUGAUCAGUUACGUUGUACUGUUUACUCCACUCUCACCGAAAGCCUCAGCCUUGGCAGCUUAUGUCGUCGGACGCCAUGCUGUCGUAAAGUUUCUAGGAUGUGGUAAAGCAGGACUGAGGAAAUGACAACGUGUUACUUGAUGGUGAUUAAAUCUCAUUUUGCUUUGAAACAAAAAUGUAUAUGUGGUUUAAAUUCAUAAACCUGCUUUAAGGGAUCAUUUAUCCCCUGUGGGAGAGGAAAUAAACUCAUAAUGAUUGUAACUGUUUUCUGUCAUGUUUCCAUCAUGCAUGCACGUCUGUAAAAAUCACGCUCAAAGCGGCUCGUUAGUUAACGGUUUGCUGU